AUGUUUUAGAUUUAUGAUUCUAAUUACGGCUUUAGAAAAAUAAAUUCAGACCAGAACAACAGUGUAUUAAAAAACGUAAAGAAGUAGGCAGAUUUUUUGUAGUAAAAUGCUCUUUACAUAGACUUAUCAUCGCAUCAUUAACAAAAUGUAGAAAUUAUAAACAGAAUGUUCUAAGAAAUUUCAUAUUAAAGCUUUUACCUUAUCAGAUUAUAGCUCAUACUCAAUAAAGUUGCUUAUGAGCUAAGAUUAUUUAAGCUCAUGAGCUAGCUUAGGUGCAUAGAAUAGGUUGAUAUAAUAUGUAUAGAUGAAAAUUCACUUGAUUUAGCUUUUCUUAUAUUGGAGGCAAUAUCGCACAGAAAUAUAAGGGAAUUAGCUUUUAAUAUAGAAUCUAUAUAUACAGACUAACCUGCUUAUCAUAUAAAAAUUUUAAGAGCUUUACAAAAUAUGGAAUAACUUGAAUAUUUAAUGCUAUCCUUCAACGAAAAUGAAUAAGUACCAUAGUUGAAACCACUUAAACUGAUAAAUAGCGUAAAGAACUUUAAACUUAAAGGAGGAAGAAAAAUUUAUGAUUAUUAUCUAACUUUAUUUCCCAAAUUAGAAACUAUUUAAUUAAAACCUGAUAAAAUUUAGUUCAAAUUCAGUAAUAAUUUAGUAAAUCAAUUAGAAAACCUGUAAGAACUCACCAUUUAAUCCAUAAAUUUUGUCAGACUAAAUAAUUUAAUAAACUUACAAAAACUCACUAUAACAGAAAAAUUUACUGGUUUUACAUAUUUUGAUGAUUUUAAAUAUUUACAAAAUCUCAAAAAGUUAAUUAUUUUACCAUAGCUAAGCUAAAUUGAUGUAAAAUGGUUAAAUCUCAUACCUUUUUUUCCAAAAGGAUGUUUAGUUGAAAUUAAAACACUCUAUUAUAGUGAAUUAUUACCACUAGGAUAAAAUACAAAUAUUUUGCUAAAAAUUAGUUAGUUACAUAUAUGCGCAAAUGACAGCCCUUAAAUAGUUUAAAGUUAUAAAAAUUGGGGAGGAAUAAGAUAUUUGUAAAAUUUAAUUAGUUUGGAACAAGAUAUUUGUCAUGGAGAAAAAUUUUCAGAUCAUGAAAUCACUAAAUUCGUUGAGAACUUAACUUAAUGUGAAUAAUUAACAUUUUUAAGAAUUAAAUUUUUCUCUUAAAACUUAAGAAAUUCAUGUCUGAUACCUUCAUAAAUAUAAAAAGAAUUAGCUCUAAAAACAGAUAUAAUUUUUCUUGAAACAGAUCUAAAAUUUAAUAAAUAGUUUCAUUAAUUAUUAUAUUAGAAAUAAGCUGCCUUCCUGAUUAUAAUAAUUUACAAAAAAUUAAUUCAAAAAUAUUAUUCAAUACCUUUUUAGCAUGAGCUAUGA